AUGUUUCCCACUCGAGUGCUCCUCAACCAGGCCCGUUUGACCCUGUUUACUCGUGCAGGCUGCGGUCUGUGCGAUACCGCCAAACAUACUGUGAUCCAGCUGCAGAAGCGCCGACCCUUCGAAUACGCCGAGAGAGACAUCAUGGAGCCUGGGAACAAGUCAUGGAGGGAUGUCUACGAUUUCGAUGUGCCUGUUCUCCACAUUCAAUCAGUGCAGGAUGGUCUGCCCAAGGAAGCCGAGCUGUCCGACGCGAGAAAAUUGUUCCAUCGGUUCACAGAAUCGCAGGUCGAGCAAUUGGUGGAUGAGGCCGAGAAACAAGUGGUAUGA